GAUGCCCAUUACAACGCAAAUCGCAAAGAAAGACGGCUGGUUGGAAGUGAUUUGCGCGUCAGCAAAAAAGUGCAAUACCAGGAGUAUGAAUUAGCUCGCAGACAGUUCGAAGAAGCCCGACGCGAACAAGAGGAACGCGACAGGGAGUUUGCCCUCUGCCUGCAGCGCCAGCUUGAAAUCGACGAAAAGCGGCAGCAGAUUGUGAAAGGGGGGAACUCGUACGACAAUAAGUGCCCUGAACCGGAAGACAGCAGUACGAAGUCGCAGUCUGCUUUGCAUCGUAGUCAGCAGAGUCAAAGGGCACGCGACCCACCUUCGUUAGAAAAACGUCUCGGCGACGUCAAGAAGGAAGCCCCACCUUUUGCCAGAGCUCUUCCUAACUGA